AGUCCCGACAGCGCUGAAAUAAAACUUUUCCCCUUGCUCUUUGACGACAGUUUGUCUUAUCUGGAAGGUUUCUUUUUCCACCUAAGAAAAGCKCCGAUGAAGCGCAGGAAACUGUAGAUGUCUGGAGGACGAGAGCAGCAGCAGCAGCUUGUCUUUCCGCUCGUGCGUCCAUUAGAUCCCAGCAAAGACGAAAAGUCGAGAGACGAUAUACUAGACAAGAUAAGAAGGCCGAGGAAACUGUGAACUAUGAGGCUGACAGGCCCUGUGCGAGCUGUGGUUGUGCUGCUCCUGGUCGGGCUCACCUGGCUGCUUGCAAACACUUUUUUCGGAGGAGAAGGUAUUUCAUCYGUGCGACAACUCUUGGGUGGCACAAAAGCAGAACCAACCCAAUCUGAACAACGUCCUCGAAAAUACAAAUGUGGACUUUCAGCUCCUUGUCCUCCAAAGCAUUUGGCUUUCCGUCUGGUUUCUGGUGCUGCUAACGUCAUCGGCCCCAAAAUCUGCUUGGAAGACAAGAUAUUAGUGAGCAGUGUGAAGAACAACGUUGGCAGGGGACUUAACAUAGCUUUGGUAAACGGGGUGACAGGUGAACUUUUGGAGACAAAAACCUUUGAUAUGUGGGCAGGAGAUGUUUCCGACUUGUUGAAGUUUCUUCGACCCCUUCACGAGGGAACCCUUGUGUUUGUUGCUUCCUUUGAUGAUGCUGCUACAAAAAUGAACGACGAGUCUCGGAAACUGUUCGAGGGUCUYGGAAGCACCGCGGUGAAGGAGCUGGCCUUUAGAGACAGCUGGGUGUUUGUUGGAGCUAAGGGCAUUGAGAAUAAGAGUCCCUUUGAGCAGCGCAUGAAGAACAGUAAAAACAGCAACAAGUAUGAAGGCUGGCCCGAGUCUCUGGAGAUGGAUGGCUGUAUUCCCCUGCGACCACCUCUUGAAGGUUAAUUCUUCCUCAGACCGACUCGCGUGAUAUUACAGCAAGACUUGAAGAACCAACGGGGGGAAAAACAUGAUGGUCGUUAGAAAACCAGGGAGCUUCCUAACUGCUGUAACUGUACAAGACCUACAGGUGGUCAGGAGGAAUGGACUGAACCCCGAAUGUUUUGACUUGGAACUGGUUUGAAACAAGAAUCUUGAGCUGCUUUUGCUUGAAACAGAUUUUAUAAAGAACAAAGAAAUAAUGUCA